UUUUACUUCGGGGAGCACAGUAUCGUUAUGCAUGCAAAAGGAAGGCUGACUUGGCUAACGGCAGCGAGUUUAAUGUUUUUUCAAGUUACUGUUACCGCAGUUAAUUUGUGCCUAAAUCUCUAUAUAUUGACAAAACGUGUAUUAAUUGCUUUUUGUAUUAUUAUUGCACAUUUCCGCAGUGUGUGAGAAGUAAUGUGAAGUGUUACCAGUUCUGUCUUGUUUAUCAGCUAGCUAGCGUUACUAAAUAUCUACUACUCGAGUAAUAUUGAAUAUUGAGUACAGCUACCAAGCUUGUCAGAAAAGAUAACAAAUACACACAACGUGAAUAGAAACUGUAAUCUAUGUAGCUCUGUAGUAGACCAUUAAUGUCAUAUCUUCUUAACGUUUGGACAAUAUUGCGUUAUUUACUGUGGCCGUCUCUUUGCAUGCUUAAGAAAAGAUAUUUUUUUGCAACACACGAAGAAAAACUUCAAGUCACUUCCAGUUGACAUUGGUCACACCCCUGCCGCUUGCUGGCACAAUUUUGUCGUAAAUAUAGUGCUUGUUAAUAUUUGUCUGCAUUUUGCUACCUUUUACAUGCUUUCAUCAGGAAGCAAUGGAUCAGGCAAGGUCCUGGACGCCUCCACGCUCAGCUACAGCACGCGGGUCAAAUGGUUCAUCAUCUGCUUCGUUUCCGGGAUCCUGUGUUCCAUACUUGGGACAGCGUUGCUCUUCCUGCCCAAAGGCACCCAGCUGUUUGCAGUGUUCUACACCUUGGGGAACCUUGCAGCCUUGUCCAGCACCUGCUUCCUGAUGGGACCCCUGAAGCAGCUGAAGCGCAUGUUCGAGCCCACCAGGCUGCUCGCCACCUGUGUGAUGCUGCUCUGCUUCAUAUUGACCUUGUGUUCAGUCUUUUGGUGGCAUAAGAAGGGGCUGGCCAUUGUCUUCUGCAUACUCCAGUUCUUGGCGAUGACGUGGUACAGCAUCUCCUACAUUCCGUUCGCCAGGGAUGCUGUGUUGAAGUGCUUCACUUCAUGUCUGAAUUAAAUCACUUUACUCCAACAAAUCAUGUGAAGACUGGUCCCAGUUUGCAAAAAGAAAAAAAAAAAGACAGUAAAUAUGUAAAAUACAUUUUUAUUUAAUUUUUAAAAAAAUGUUCUGCCCUUAAAUUUACUAUAUGAAAGAUACUGUUUUGGAGCACAGCCAUUAUGUAAUUAUAUCAGCAGCUAUUAGAGGCUACAUAUAAGCUGCAAAAAAAUGAAAUGUUAGUGGAUAAUUACUUCUUAAAUAACUCUUGUUUUUCUAGUUUGAUUCAUUUUUGUACUUAACGAGAUUAUUUAGCUCAUAUUGCUUGUUUUAAGGGACAUCAAGUACAUUUUUAUUUUGCCACUGACAGGUUAUUUUGCUUAUUUUAAAUCAUGCAUAUUUUUUCUUUUAUUUUGGUUACAUUUUUACAGUGUAUGAACUAACAUUACUGAGCUGUGUACGUGCACAAGCAAAAUAUUUUUUAUGUGAGUUAAGUCUUUGGGUGUGAGAGCAGAAUGCUUGAUGAAAAUAUUAAAAAUGUCUAUAGUAAUAUAUCCUGAGACAGAAUGACACCAUAUUCUUGUGAAUUUCCCAGCUCGUUUCUGGAUUCAGUGUAAAAUUGGGAACAAACGACGCUUUUUGUGUCUCAUGUCCUCGAUAAUUCGUGCGUCAUAACUACUAACCGUUUUGCACCAUGUGAAGACCGUUUAUUUUUAUAGAUACUUUGAUCUUCAUUCCACAUAAUAAAGUAUUUGUAUUGAACUUA